AUGUCGAAUACAACAAUGAUAUCAACAACAGCUAUAACUCUCAAUUUUAUUUCAUUAAUUGGAAUUAUAUUUAUGGGUCUCAUAUGUAUAUUCAUGCUUAGUAUGCUCGUGCCAUCAAUUAUACGCAAGCAUGAUUUAGUUUUAAUUUUGGUUGCUAAUAAUUAUUUAGGAUUAUUAGCUUUUGCACUUGCAAUCAUGCCAAUCAAUAUUGAUAUGGUUCGAGGUGAUUAUAAUUUGUCCAGUGGUACGGAAACAUUUAGUUGUCGUAUUAAAACAUAUAUAAUGCUUUCAUUUGUGGCUGCCAUUUUUAAUAGCUUUCUCUUACAGGCUGCCCUUCGUUUCUUUCGUGUGGUCUAUCCUUCUUACGUAUGGCUACAACGUGGUGGUACUUAUGCUGUGAUUAUUCCAAUUUUGUGGCUCAUCUCAUUUAUUUCUAUUAUACCGAUUCAUGUUUGGCACGAUAUACAAUAUAUACCUAGGGAAAAUACUUGCCUUAUAGCUAUUCAUAGUGCUCGUGGACUCAUUUGGUCUAAUGCAAUUGUUUAUGGUAUACCAGUUAUUUUCAUCACUAUUAUUUAUAUACAGCUGACACGUUUUAUUCGUCAAUCCUCUAAAAUUGCUUCAACACGAGCUAAACGUGAUGUAAUUGUAAUACGGCGAAUUAUGCUUGUCGUAUGUAUAUUAAUGCUGAUGGGUAUUCCUUCUAUGGUGUUGAGACUAAUGUUACCAUUUACUGAUGUAGGAAAACCAUUGUUCUAUCGCAUUCAAAAUAUGGCGAUAGUCGCUGGUUCGACCGUUCUUAGUUUUAUGCUCGUUUAUGUUACUCCACAAGUGAAAGUACUUAUCGGUAUUGAAAAGACAAUUACAGUAACACCUACAAACACACAAGAACACUGUCUUUUAUCUACGAAAUCAUCAAAUAUUAGCACUACGGACCAGGAACAAUUAUCAAAAUGA